GAAGAUUCGAGGGAUUCAGAUGAUUCAGAUGUGGAUUUGGACUCUGCUGUGAAGAAACUUCAAGAAUUCAUACCUAACAUAAAAGAAAGGUCUGCUGGCACUAUUAAGCGAAUGUAUCGGGAUGACCUUGAGCGUUUUCAAGAAUUUAAAGCACAAGGUGCUUCUAUUAAAUUUGGCAAAUUUUCUGUAAAGGAGAAUAAACAAUUAGAGAAAAACGUGCAAGAAUUUCUGGCCCUGACAGGAAUUGAGACUGCAGACAAACUGCUGCACACAGAUAGAUAUCCAGAGGAGAAAUCUGCGAUCAAUGAUUUAAAGCGAAAGUAUGCAUUUAGAUUGCACAUUGGCAAGGACAUUGCUCGGCCUUGGAAACUGGUAUACUAUAGAGCACAGAAGAUGUUUCAUAUUCAUAAUUACAAAGGCAGGUAUAGCGAAGAAGAUGCUGAGAAGGUCAAGCUGUACCAUUCCGUCCAUGGAAAUGAUUGGAAGACGAUUGGGGCAUUGGUGGCUCGUAGCGGCCUCUCUGUUGCUCUGAAAUACUCACAGAUCAGCAAUAAAGUAAAUCGCGGUACUUGGAGUAAAGCAGAAACCCAGAGGCUAGUUAAGGCCAUUGAACAAGUGCUUCUAAAGAAGAUACCAGAGCAGGAGUUGAAGGAGAUGGAUUCUAGCCUCCAAGGAAAUCCUGAAAACCGCCUCUCAAUUGUUCGGGAAAAGCUCUACAGGGGCAUAUCUUGGAUAGAAGUGGAAGCUAAAGUGCAAACAAGGAAUUGGAUGCAGUGUAAAACUAAAUGGACAGAAGUUUUAACCAAAAGGAUGAAUAAUGGUCGGGACCUUUACCGAGGAAUCAAUUCCUUACAGGCCAAAAUCAACCUUAUUGAAAGGUUGUAUGACAUAAAUGUAGAAGAUUCUAGUGAAAUAGACUGGGAAGACAUUUCUGGUUGCCUAGGGAAAUUGGAAAAGAAGUUGGAGAAAGACAGCAUUGAAAUUCAAACUCCAGCCCCAUUAAAGCAAGUUUUCUUGUUUCGAGACAUCUUUUAUAGUGAUGAUGACAGUGAGGAAGAAGUAAAUGAAAAGAAUUAA